UUUUUUUGUAUCUAUCAAAUUCGCAGCACAACAGUUCUCAAGUCUCAACUACCAGAAAAUGCGUCUCCCCAAUCUCUCAUAUUUUCUCCCCCGCCAAAAAAUUAGAAAAUAAAAAAAUUCCAGAGUUAUCUCUGCAGAUUCUUCCAACCUACCGUGAUCCACCACCUCCCUUAUCCAUGGCUGCUCAUGUCUUCAUGUACGUCAAAAUCAUCGCCCAAAAAUUAGAAAAAACAAAGUGAAAAAAAGUCCAAAACCCAAUUAAUACAGAGCAUUCAACAAACACCUACCCAGCCUCCGAAGUUGGUAGCAGAUUCACCUAAGAAAACAUGCAACGCUUACUCGCACACGCAAAACCCUCUUUAAAGCCUCCGAAAAUCGACCGCCAUUUCCCUUCAGCUCCCGGAGAAGCAUGCUUGGCGGCGAGGAGGAGGCCCUUGUGUUGGCCUCUCUACAGAGGUCCCCAACUUACGAUCGGGCCCGUACGGCGCUUUUACGGAGCGGGUCGGGUGGGCUUUCGCUGGUUGACGUUAGGAGAAUACAGAACGACGAGCAUAAGCAGGUAUUGGAUAGGUUAGUCGCCGGGAUCAAUGAAGACAUGGAGGGUUUUUUCAGGAGGCUUAGGCGGAGAUUUGAUGCUGUCGGCCUGGAAUUUCCUAAAGUUGAGGUUAGGUUUCAGAAUUUGAAGGUGGAUGCAUCAGUCCAUGUUGGAAGUAGAGCAUUGCCAACCAUACCCAAUUUUAUUUUUGACAUGACUGAGGCUUUCUUGAGGCAGCUGAGGAUAAUCUCCAGCAGAAAACAGAAAGUAUCUAUACUAAACAACAUUGAUGGUAUUAUAAGACCUUCAAGACUGACUCUGCUUUUGGGACCUCCAAGCUCUGGCAAAACAACAUUUCUUUUGGCUCUUGCUGGACGUCUUGCACCAAAUUUGCAGAUGACAGGGAAAGUUAUGUACAAUGGACAUAACCUGGAGGAGUUUAUUCCUCAGAGAACUUCAGCAUAUGCAAGCCAGCAGGAUUGGCACAUUUCUGAGAUGACUGUUAGGGAGGUUCUUGAGUUUUCAGGACUGUGUCAAGGUCCUGGAUAUAAAAGCGAAAUGCUCAUGGAACUUCUUAGAAGGGAAAAAAAUGCUGGAAUAGACCCAGAUCAAGAUCUAGAUGUUUUUAUCAAGGCAGUCGCUUUCGGGCAGCAGACAAGUGUUCUAGUGGAGUAUAUCAUGAAGAUUCUAGGAUUGGAUAAUUGUGCUGAUACGUUGGUGGGAGAUGAAAUGCUUAAAGGCAUAUCUGGAGGCCAGAAAAAGCGGCUUACUACCGCCGAACUGCUUAUGGGUGCUUCGAGGGUAUUUAUCUUGGAUGAAAUAUCAACGGGAUUAGAUAGCUCAACCACCCAUCAAAUUAUCAAAUAUCUGCGGCACACAUCGCAUGCUCUUGACUGCACAACACUAGUGUCUCUCUUGCAACCAGAUCCUGAGACUUAUGAUAUGUUUGAUGACAUAAUUCUUUUUAGCGAGGGCCAAAUUGUUUAUCAGGGCCCUCGAGAAUCUGCAGUGGAAUUCUUUUCAUCAAUGGGUUUCAAGUGUCCUUCCAGAAAAAAUGUUGCUGACUUUCUACAAGAGGUAAUAUCUGAAAAGGAUCAAGAGCAGUAUUGGUUCUUUGAUGAUCAAUACAGCUAUGUACCUGUGGCAAAGUUUGUAGAAGGUUUCCAAUCCUUUCGUGUAGGCAAUUUUUUGAAACAGGAGUUGGCCAUUCCAUUCGAUAAAAGAUACAGUCAUCCGGCUGCACUGUCUAACAAGACUUAUGGAAUAACAAGGGCGAAGCUUCUGGGGAUUAGUUUAUCCUGGCAGAUUUUACUACUGAGGCGAAAUUCCCCUGUGUUUAUUUUCAAAUUUAUUCAGCUGCUCCUAAUUAUUUUGAUCAUGAUGAGUGUGUUCUUCCGGACGACAAUGCACCACAAUACGCUUGAUGAUGGAGGAAUUUACCUUGGUGCACUAUACUUUGCGAUAGUUAUGAUUCUUUUUAAUGGAUUUAUGGAGGUCCCAAUGUUGAUAGCCAAGCUUCCUGUUCUUUACAAGCACAGAGACUUACGUUUCUACCCCUGCUGGGUCUACACUUUGCCAUCGUGGCUUUUGAGCAUUCCGCUUUCCCUUGUCGAGUCCUUUUUAUGGGUGGCAGUUACAUAUUAUGUCGUUGGAUUUGAUUCUCAAAUAACUAGAUGCCUCCAGCAGUUCUUGUUAUAUUUCACUUUGCACCAGAUGUCAAUAGGUCUUUUCCGUGUGAUGGCAUCACUCGGGAGAAAUAUGGUAGUUGCUAAUACGUUUGGAUCUUUCGCAAUGCUUGUCGUCAUGGUCUUAGGAGGAUUUAUACUAUCGAGAGAUAGCAUCCCAGUUUGGUGGAUUUGGGGUUACUGGUUCUCUCCCAUGAUGUAUGCCCAAAGUGCAGCUUCAGUAAAUGAAUUUCUUGGCCAUUCCUGGGAUAAGAAAGCUGAUAACAACACUACUUUGUCUUUGGGAGAAAUGUUGCUGAGGGUCCGCAGUUUAUUUCCAAGCCAAUAUUGGUAUUGGAUAGGUGUUGGAGCAUUACUGGGAUAUACUUUCUUGUUCAACACCCUCUUCACUUUGUUUCUCACUUACCUAAACCCACUAGGGAAACAGCAAGCUGUCAUUCCGUCAGAGAACUGUCAUGUAAAAGACAAAGGACAAGACAGCGAGGCUUGCGUCAUUUCUUUUGGAGAGUUUCUGGAACACUCACACUCAUUUACAGGAAAGUGUUAUAGGAAACACAGGGGAAUGGUUCUCCCUUUUGAACCUCUUUCCAUGUGUUUCAGCAACAUCAGCUAUUAUGUAGAUGUUCCCCAGGAACUGAAGGGGCAGGGCUUACAAGAGGACAGAUUGCAGCUACUUGUUAAUGUAACUGGAGCAUUUCAGCCUGGUGUGCUUACUGCAUUAAUUGGUGUUAGUGGUGCUGGGAAAACUACCCUCAUGGAUGUUUUAGCUGGUAGGAAAACAGGCGGGCAUAUUGAAGGCAGCAUCUAUAUAUCUGGGUAUCCCAAGAAUCAAGAAACAUUUGCAAGGGUUUCUGGCUACUGUGAACAGAAUGAUGUUCAUUCCCCUUGUCUGACUGUGCGUGAAUCGCUCGUGUACUCUGCUUGGCUCCGGCUAUCCUCUCAGUGUGACUUUGCUACACAGAGAGCUUUUGUUGAUGAGGUUAUGGAACUAGUUGAGCUCACUCCAUUACAUAGAGCUCUAGUCGGCGUACCAGGAGUUAAUGGCCUGUCGGUAGAACAAAGGAAAAGGGUGACAAUUGCUGUUGAGCUUGUUGCCAAUCCUUCUAUUGUUUUCAUGGACGAACCGACUUCAGGACUCGAUGCUAGGUCAGCAGCCAUCGUGAUGAGAGCCGUGAGAAACAUUGUUGACACUGGUCGGACAAUCGUUUGCACAAUUCACCAGCCCAGCAUUGAUAUUUUUGAAUCAUUUGAUGAGCUUUUGCUGAUGAAACGAGGUGGACAGCUCAUUUAUGCGGGUCCCUUAGGGAAUAAGUCUAUGAAGCUUAUUCAGUAUUUUGAGGCUAUCCCAGGAGUUCAAAAAAUAAGACCUGGUUAUAACCCUGCAACUUGGAUUCUUGAAGUUACAUCUACAGCUGAAGAGAACCGCCUAGGUGUAGAUUUUGCCGAAAUAUAUCGCCGCUCAAAUUUAUUUCAGCAAAAUAAGGCUCUAGUUGAGAGUUUAUGCAAACCAGAUAAGGAUACAAAUGAGUUGACCUUUCCAAGCAAAUACUCUCUCUCGUUUUUUGGCCAGUUCCUGGCAUGCCUUUGGAAGCAGAAUCUUUCAUAUUGGCGUAAUCCUCAAUAUACUGCUGUACGCUUCUUUUACACAGUUAUCAUCUCAUUGAUGUUUGGAACCAUGUGCUGGAAAUUUGGUUCCAAAAGGGAAAACCAGCAGGAUAUAUUUAAUGCAAUGGGGUCAAUGUAUGCAGCCGUACUAUUUAUUGGAAUCACAAAUGCGACUUCUGUGCAGCCAGUGGUUUUUGUUGAGAGGUUCGUUUCAUAUAGAGAGGGAGCUGCAGGAAUGUAUUCUGCACUACCCUUUGCACUUGCCCAGGUUGUGGUUGAAUUCCCGUACGUAUGUGUCCAGUCGCUUAUUUACAGCACUAUCUUCUAUUUCAUGGCAGCUUUUGACUGCAAUGUUUGGAAGUUUCUUUGGCACGUAUACUUCAUGUAUUUCACGCUGCUUUACUUCACUUUCUUUGGGAUGAUGACGGUUUCGGUCACGCCCAAUCACAACGUUGCUUCUAUUGUUGCUGCACCAUUUUAUAUGAUGUGGAACCUUUUCAGUGGCUUCAUGAUUUCACACAUGAGAAUACCCAUAUGGUGGAGAUGGUAUUAUUGGGCAAACCCAAUUGCAUGGAGUUUAUACGGACUUCUAACGGCACAAUAUGGGGACAUGAAUGGACUGGUGAAGCUUACUGAUGGCGUUAAUUCUGUGCCCAUAAAACAAUUGCUCAAGAAUCAGUUUGGAUUCAGACAUGAUUUCUUGGGCAUUGCCGGUAUUGUGGUGGUCGGUUUCUGCGUGCUAUUUGCCGCCACUUUUGCCUUUGCUAUCAGAUUCUUUAACUUCCAAAGGAGUUCUUCCCGUCUGCCGUCGCCUCCUCUUCACAAAGAUUUGUGCGGCCCAGUGCCGUACGCUGUUGUCCAUGUCGUUCGCCCAACUUGGAGCCACAGAUCUCCCUCGGAUGCAGGUCUCGCUAAUCUUCAAGGUGCCUUUAUUGUGUUGAUUAGUCGUGGGCUGAUGGUGGAUGGGUGGUCGGUUGGUGGUUUGAGGGUCAUUGGUGGUUGGGUGGUUGUUUCUGCUAGUCGUGGCUACACUCGAGUUUUUAGAGCAGUGCUCGAGCUAGAGUCCUAUAUGAGUUUGGCGCGGUUCCUGCAUGCGUCUAAUCAUUUUUUCAAUGCAGAGGCGCCAGGCGCCGCGGCCGGAUCGAGUUGGAUGUGGGAUGACUGGGGUGAGGCCGAGUCGAUUAGAGGACUGUUUGCAAAUAAGGGUGGAGGCAAUGAAAAACCGACGGGUGGUAGAUCUAUUUUGGAGACUGGUUUCAGACCUAGUUUCCCCGAUCUCCUCCCUUUUCAUCUAGUCAAUAAUCUUGUUCUUCAGGUUUUUAACGCGGUUAUCAUGGGAUUGUGA